CAUAGAAAAUAUUAAUAAAAAACGGCGGUUGAUUACUUUUUGAAUAUUGUUGAUUACCGUUUCUAACCUCUACAUUUAAAAAUGGAAAAUGAAAUUGCAGCUUGCAAAGAACUGAUUGUAAACACAAACGUUCUGAAGCAGGUUUUAACAAAUAAAAAUGAAAUAAAAGAAAUGCAAAAAGAUCACAACAAUUUUGAACAGAGUAAAAUUGGAUUGAUUCACACCCUUCAAGAUAUAAAUCACAAUACUUCUUUAAAAAAGGACAAUUUAAUUAUGGAAAAGGAAAAGUUAGAAGAACACUGCAAACAUUUAAGGCAACAAAUAAUUGAAGCUAAAGCUCACAGAUUAAAACUUAAGCAGGAAUUAAAAUCAUGUAAUAUAAUCACUGGAGCUGAAGUUAUUUGUGAGGAUAAUGUCAUUAUUGCAAGUAUAAGCAAUAAGAUUAGCAAGGAAAUUAGGUAUGUGGAAUUUGAUCAAAACGAUCCACACUUGAGUGAUAAAUUAUGGGAGGAGGUAGAAGAUAUAUCAAAGUAA